AGCUGCAGUAUCAGUUGUGUUGUGAUUGCCGCCACCAAACGAUCGCAACGUUCCAGUAACCAGGAUAAAAGUGAACCCAAGGAUAAAGGAUAUACACCAUGAUUGGAGCCAGCGGUAUCCUGUCGCUGCUGUUUGUGGCCAGCUGUUUGGGCGACGUAAUCGAGGACUUUGAGUACUUGUCGGUGAGUGAGAUGUGUGAACUGCUGCCGCCGGAGACGAGCUUCCUGCGUCCCAACACCUGCGACAGCUGGGUGAGCUGCGCCGGCAACUACACCAACCUGGAGCAGGGCGGCUGUGCGGCCGGACUGUACUACAACAAGGAGCUGGGCCGCUGCGUCCUGGCCUCCAGUGUUGUUUGUCCCUAUGCCGGCGGUAUGGUGCAGCAACCGAAGAACCUGUGCGCCAACGAGACCGAAGGAGCCUUCAUUGUGGACCCCAGCAGCAGCAAUUGCCGCGGCUACAUCCUGUGCAAGGGCCAGAGGCAGAUCAAGGCCAAUUGCCCCAACGAGCUGAUCUUCCACCCCAGGUCGAGAUCCUGCGUCUACGAGACCCAAUACGCGUGUCCCAUCAGCCAGACGAACAAGCCGAGUCCGGCCUGCCGUUCGCUGAGCAACCAUACCCGCCUGGCCGACCCCGUCCAUUGCGACCAGUACUACGAGUGCGUGGGUGAGGUGCUGCACAGCCGAUCCUGUCCCCUGCAGGAGGCCUACGAUGCGGACCUGGGCGCCUGCGUGCCCCAGGACCGGGUGAACUGCUACGAGACGGCUGCCCUGCCGGAACCGGAGAACACCUUCUGCGUGGACAAUGUCACCGGGAAGGCCCGCACGGGCUACUUUGCCGACGACCUGUCCUGCUCGAAGUACUACAUCUGCGGCGAGCCGGUGGCCGGCAAACACGACACGGAACCCAAGCACCUCAGCUGUCCGCUGGGCCAGUACUUUGACUUCGUGAAGCUCUCCUGCCGCGACCGGCUCAACGUACGCUGCCAGCUGGACAGGUGCGUGGGCGCCAACCUGACCUAUGUGAAUGUGGCCGGCGACUGCCAGAGCUAUGGACGCUGCUCCGGCGGACUCACUGUCAGUCUGGGCCACUGCCCCGAUGGCUACUUCUUCGACGAGCGCAACCAGGGGUGCACCCAAACCAACUACCACUACAUCGCCUGCUCCGCAUAGGUUGGCCCAGAAACUCUUUCCCAUAUCCCUUUCAAUUUCAACUUAAACGUAUAAUAAAUCGAUCCAAUUCAAGGUGGAGGUCAAGUGCA